UGGUCGCUCUUACAGACCGCGCUCUGUCACACCGUGUAGCUCCAUUUCCUUCUACUCAUCACAACCGAUACAAUAAACAUCAUGGCAACGCUGAGAGCUUUAAGGAAAUUGUGCCAACACUCACAACAUCAAGUGUGUAGUCUACAUAUGUCUGCGUCAAGACAGGAAGCGGUGGUCAUCUCAGGGAGGAAGUUGGCCCGUCAGAUCAGGGAGGAGGCACGUUACGACGUGGAACAGUGGGUCUCCACCGGGAACCGCAGACCUCAUCUCAGCGUGGUGCUUGUGGGAGACAACGCAGCUAGCCACUCUUACGUUCUGAAUAAGACCCGGGCUGCAGCUGAUGUUGGCAUCAGCAGCGAGACCAUCCUGAAGCCCUGCUCCGUGACGGAGGAAGAACUGAUGGAGCUCAUUUACAACCUCAACACAGACCACCGUGUGGACGGUCUGCUGGUCCAGCUGCCUCUACCAGAGCACAUUGACGAGCGUCGCGUCUGCAACGCUGUGUCUCCCGGCAAAGAUGUGGACGGCUUCCAUGUGGUCAAUGUGGGCCGCAUGUGUCUCGACCAGUCCACCAUGCUGCCCGCCACACCGUGGGGAGUCUGGGAAAUCAUUAAACGCACAGGUAUUCCAACUAUUGGCAAGAAUGUUUUGGUGGCGGGGCGCUCUAAGAACGUGGGCAUGCCCAUCGCCAUGUUGCUGCACACGGACGGCCGCCACGAGAGGCCAGGAGGCGACGCCACCGUCACCAUCUCUCACCGGUACACUCCUAAGGAGCAGCUCCGUCAGCACACGAAGAUAGCAGAUAUCAUCGUCGCUGCUGCAGGGAUUCCGAACUUGAUCACGGCAGACAUGAUUAAAGAAGGCGCCGCGGUCAUCGACGUCGGCAUCAACAGAGUACAGUGUCCCCUCACCGGCAAAAACAGACUGGUCGGGGAUGUCGAUUUCGAAGGUGUGAGGCAGAAGGCUAGCUUCAUCACCCCGGUGCCUGGAGGAGUGGGGCCCAUGACCGUGGCCAUGCUGAUGAAGAACACCAUCAAGGCAGCUAAAAAUGUCCUGCUCACCCCCCCUGAGAGGAUCCGCAUGGUGGCUGCCUCUUAAGAGGUCAUGGUCUCCAGCCAAUCCACCGUGACACAUUCCAACCCCCCUCUUUCUACUCGGAGCAACUCUGCAGGCUCUCCUUGCACACAGGCUUGGAUGGAAGUGUCAUAGCUUUAAGGUUCUCGAUGCUGACGCUUCAGUUCUUGCGAAGCAGUUUCAGACUGUUACAAUUCACCAUAUUGCAGCUAUAUAUUUAUUAUUUGCUAGACAAAAAAAAACUAGGUAUUCCUGUUACUGCUACUGUUAUCAUUUGAUUUUGAAAAGCAAGGCAUGUGUCAGGUAUAGAAGACCAUUAAGGACUUUUUGUUUUGCGAGAAAUAUUAACAUUUCCUUCAGUGUCCAUACUGAUUCGAGUAUUGUGUGCCUGAAGGCUUUGGCGUAGCAAGUCUGUUAAAAACACUACCAGCUUUAAAUUUACAGUUUCACAAAUGCCUUUUGUAAAUACGAUUUUGAAGUCAAGAUUAUUACAAUAUGUGUUCUUCAGGUUGUGCAGAAAGUUACUUAUUCACAAUGUACACGACUGGAGAUGAACACGGGAAAGAGUAUUAAACAUUUAUAUAUUUCA